GGCAUCUCUCACUCGUGAUCCCUAUUCUUCAUGCUUUUAAGAAUUGGGAGAAACAGUAGGAAAAAAGUCUAUCGAAACGCGUUUUAUAGUCCCGAGCGAAUCAAACCAAGAAAUCCCGGCUCCAUGUGACAUAGUAAAGUUCUUCACGACGUUUCCGAUCGCGUGAGUUUCACAAAGAUGCGGAUCAUCUGUUUGCCGCUCCUUCGCGUCUUGUUUGUGCAUCACAGUUUCGUUAUUGUUUUGUUGUACUGAACUGUGAUUGUCACCUUUCGGUGCUUUUGCCGCUGGUGUUUCGUCUGUCCACAUCUCAUUAGUUUUUUAUCGCUCCACUCACAGCCUCGCUCACAUAGAUACAUGGCGUGCUGUUACUCCGCCAGUCAAUUAAUUCAUUUUUCUAACUUUGUACCUACCUGAGCGCAACCCAUUCCAUUAGUCGUGUUCCGAGCUUCUGAAGCAACACCGGGGACAUCUACAUAUCGCCGUAUCGAAAAAUCGACGUUUUAUUAUAGGAUUUCGUACGGUCCUCCUACGGUCCUCCAUCCUAAGACACACGUCUCUUGUCAAGUGAUAGUUGUGCCAUUGAUCAGUGAAAAUUUUAGAAAAAGAAAGGAACGCCAGCAUCGCCUAAACAAUACUUGUGCGAUAGAGCCAAAAACCACAGAGCCACGUUAUCGUUUUUGUAAUGAGCAAUAACAAUUCUUCGGACUCCGUUGACUAAAGUGGCACCGCUUCAUUUAUUUUGUAUCGCAUGACAGAAAGAAAAUAAAAAAACCGAUUUGUCGAUACUUUCCCAUUAGAUUAGGGGACUUCAAAUCAAGGCUUAAAAUCAGUGCACGUAGUAUGUGUUACAAGUUCAAGCCAGUAAACGUUGCUAUUCAUAUUGGAGUCUCGUGCGUGACCGAGGAGAUAAAACAAGCCACUACCAUAAACGCUCCCGAAUCGGCCGAAACAAAGUGGCGUUCAGUGGGCCUGCAGUUGCAGUGAAUGGGUGGGCUGGCAUCCACUCCGUGCUGAUAAGAAUUGCCCCAUUGUAGGGUAUUUAAGUCCGUGAAGAUGAUAGUCAUCAAUGCCUCUGACACGGGUCUCACACUUACUCCUGAAAUGCUUCUUUCCACUUCGGAGUCAUCCACGCAUAGCGCCUCUGAAGUGGCUGGCCGGCUGCAGGUCGACGUGCGGACCGGGCUCAAAUGGACGGAGGCAAAGUACCGGGCCAAGAUCAUCGGUCAUAAUGAGCUUUUGCUUCUUGAGGAAGACCCUACCUGGAAGAAGUACAUUGAGCAGUUCAAGAAUCCACUUAUACUACUACUUUUAGGAUCGGCGUUGGUGUCCGUAAUCAUGAAGCAGUUUGAUGAUGCCGUUAGCAUAACCAUCGCUAUUCUCAUAGUGGUCACAGUGGCUUUUAUUCAGGAAUACCGCUCCGAGAAAAGCCUAGAGGAGCUAAAGAAACUUGUUCCUCCUGAGUGCCAUUGCCUUCGCGAAGGGAGGCUGGACACAUUCCUGGCUCGCGAAUUGGUUCCCGGCGAUGUGGUGUACCUCAACGUAGGUGACCGUGUGCCUGCUGAUGUUCGUCUUUUUGAAGCUGUGGACCUCUCUAUUGAUGAAAGCAGCUUUACAGGAGAGACUGAGCCCGCGCGAAAAAUUACUGACGUUCUUCUGAAUAACUCGAACGUAAAGGACCACAGCAACAUGAAGAAUAUAGCGUUCAUGGGGACGUUGGUGCGUUGCGGCAAUGGUAAAGGCAUUGUAGUUAGCACUGGAGAACGCAGUGAGUUUGGUGAGGUGUUUAAGAUGAUGCAGGCCGAAGAGGCUCCUAAGACGCCACUGCAGAAAUCGAUGGAUAUUCUUGGCGCUCAACUCAGCUUUUACUCCUUUCUCAUUAUUGGCGUCAUCAUGUUGCUUGGCUGGUUGCAGGGUAAGCCGCUCUCAGAGAUGUUUAACAUUAGUGUCUCUCUCGCGGUAGCAGCUAUACCAGAGGGUCUGCCAAUCGUUGUCACAGUAACGCUGGCGCUGGGCGUAAUGAGGAUGGCUAAGCAAAAUGCAAUUGUUAAAAAGCUACCCACCGUUGAAACUUUGGGUUGUGUCAACGUGAUUUGCUCGGAUAAAACUGGCACCCUCACUAAGAACGAGAUGACUGCAACGAUUAUCAUAACUUCAGACGGCUACAUGGCCGAUGUAACCGGAGCAGGCUAUAACGACCAAGGAGAGAUCCACAUCCGGCAUUGCAACAAUGUGGAGAUGGCCAAGACAAACAUCACGAAUCUUCUAGAGAUAGGGGCUGUCUGCAACAACGCAUAUAUUCAAAACGGAACGUUACUUGGUCAACCUACCGAAGGCGCUUUGGUGGCGGUGGCUAUGAAAAAUGGUAUGUAUGCCACAGCUGAGAACUAUGUGCGCAUCCAAGAGUACCCCUUCAGCUCAGAACAAAAAAUGAUGGCCGUUAAGUGUAUCCAAAAAUAUAACAACAACAAGGAGGAGAUAUUCUUUGCUAAGGGAGCGCUUGAGACUCUGUUGCCCCAGUGCACCAAGUACCAGUUCGGCACUCAGACUGUGCCUUUGACCAAACAGAACGAAGCUGAAUUUUUGGCCGAAGCCUAUGAGAUAGGUCGCAAAGGACUCCGCGUACUUGCACUUGCCAAAGGCCGGUCUAUGCAGGACCUAAUAUACUGUGGUCUAGUCGGCAUUACCGAUCCACCCAGGCCGCUUGUUAGGGAAUCCAUUGAGAUGCUGAUGCAAAGCGGGGUGCGUGUAAAAAUGGUCACGGGAGAUGCACAGGAAACAGCCUUGGCUAUUGCGAAUCUCAUCGGCAUCGACACCAUACACCAUCAGACUUUAUCGGGCCAAGAAAUAGACCAAAUGAACGAGCACCAGCUGGACAAGGUGGCCAACAACGUAAGCGUAUUCUACCGUGUCUCCCCUCGCCACAAACUGGAGAUAGUCAAGUCUCUGCAGCGCACUGGAAAUAUAGUCGGCAUGACAGGAGACGGCGUCAACGAUGGCGUUGCUCUAAAAAAAGCAGAUAUUGGUAUUGCAAUGGGAAAGAACGGUACAGAUGUGUGCAAGGAAGCAGCCGACAUGAUUCUGGUCAACGACGAUUUCCACACAAUUAUUGCUGCCAUUGAGGAAGGGAAGGGCAUAUUCUACAAUAUUCGUAAUUUUGUGCGCUUUCAACUUAGUACUUCAAUCGCUGCUCUGGCCCUCAUCGCGCUCGCCACGCUCAUGGAUAUUGCUAAUCCACUUAACGCUAUGCAAAUUCUAUGGAUUAAUAUUAUUAUGGACGGGCCACCUGCACAGUCCCUGGGAGUAGAACCAGUUGAUCAUGACGUACUGAAGCAGAAGCCGCGUAAUGUGAAGCAACCGAUGAUCACGAAGGGUGUUGUGGCCAAUGUUCUCCUUAGCGCCAGUAUCAUAGUACUAGGAACCUUAUGGGUGUUUCAGCGCGAAAUGGCUGAUGGAACGCUAGGAAAAACAAAGCGGGAUACGACCAUGACCUUCACAUGCUUUGUGUUUUUCGAUAUGUUUAACGCCUUGUCAUGUCGCUCACAGACCAAAAGCGUAUUUACCAUAGGUCUGACUACUAAUCGCAUGUUUCUGUUGGCUGUUGCUUUCUCUAUCGUAGGCCAAAUGCUUGUCGUAUAUUUUCCGCCACUGCAAAUGGUCUUUCAGACGGAAGCUUUAACUCCAUUCGACAUUUUUUUCCUGGUCUCGCUGACGUCGUCUGUGCUAAUUGUGUCGGAGGUUAAGAAGUGGUUUGAACGCACAAUGGAGCGAAAGAUGUAUAGCACUCGCUCCGACCUGGACUUUGUAUGACAUAAAGCAAGCGCUAGAGAUGAGUCGCAUCCCAAAGCCGAGUAAAUGAAACAAUUUAACCACAAAAAUUAAAACAAAACUAUGCCAAACAAAGCGAGGAGCAUUGCGAAAGAUUGUAGAUAAGAAUUAGAAAACGAAGAGCAGCGAAGUGUGUUUAUUUUUUACAUUUGGCCCUAAAAGUUUGAACAAAAUUUCAAUUUUUGGUCCAAUAUAUUGAAUCCAGAUGGACAAAUUUGACGUAAGCUUAAGGGUUUGUUCUUUGCUCUCUUUAGUUUUUGUUAGAUUAUAGUAUUAUUGUUUACGACAUUCAAAACUAUGUGUGUUAAUUUUUAGUUGUAAUUUAUUAUGUGUAUUGUAUGUAAGUAGACAAUUUGUGAGCUGACUUAUGCUUAUUUUGUAGGGUUUUUUUAAUUUAUUACCAGUUUAAGUUUAUAAAUGAAAUACAAUUUGAAAAUCUAUUCGUUUCUGUAUGUCAGCAAAUUUAUUAAAUUAUGCUUUCUUUUAAUUUUUUGUUUUUUAGUUUUGCAAUUUAUGCAAGCUAAGUCAAUAAAAGUGUUUAGAAUGCGUUUAGAUGUUUGUGAUAUUAUUUUAAGCAAAUAUGCAAAAAUAGCCCGCAGCCCGCGAGUUAACCAACUUGUGACAUACAAUUUUGUUAGUUUUGGGCAAUAAAAUCAUACUCUGUAAAAUAUUGCAAAACAA